AGGAGUGUUCAGAGUGCAGAACAUCCAAACAGACUGCAAACAUGCUGAGGAUCCUGUUGUUGAGCGUGCUGGUCGCCCUGGCGCUGGCUGAGCCCAGAUAUCUGGAGGAGGCCCCUGAGGAGAGGGUCGUUGGUGGAGAGGUGGCAAGACCCAACUCUUGGCCUUGGCAGAUCUCUCUCCAGUACCUGUCUGGCGGCAGCUACUAUCAUACCUGUGGUGGGACUCUGAUCAGAGCUAAUUGGGUGAUGACUGCUGCCCACUGCGUUGACACCUCGAGAACUUGGCGUGUUGUCCUGGGUGACCACGACAUCUACUCCCAGGAGGGUCGCGAGCAGUACAUGAGCGUCAGCAACGUCUACGUCCACCCUAACUGGAACAGCAACAAUGUGGCUUCUGGAUAUGAUAUCGCCCUUCUGCGCCUGUCCUCCAGCGCCUCUCUGAACUCAUAUGUGCAGCUGGCCACCCUGCCACCCUCUGGACAGGUUCUGCCCAACAACAACCCCUGUUACAUCACCGGCUGGGGCCUCACAUCCACUGGGGGGUCACUCUCAGCUAAGCUGAAACAGGCCUAUCUGCCCGUGGUCGACUACAGUACCUGCACUCGUAGCGACUGGUGGGGAAGCACCGUGAAGAACACCAUGGUUUGCGCUGGUGGCGCAAGCGACUCUGGAUGUAAUGGUGACUCUGGCGGCCCUCUGAACUGUCAGGUCAGCGGUCAGUACGUUGUCCACGGAGUGACCAGCUUUGUGUCUUCAUUGGGUUGUAACACCACCAAGAAGCCAACAGUCUUCACCCGUGUGUCUGCCUACACCAGCUGGAUUAGUGGCAUCAUUGGAUAAGCAGGAAAAACUGAGACGAUGAAAGAAAAACAUCCUCCAUUUAGCAAGUUUUAACAUCUGCAAUGGCCAAAAAUACAAUAAACUUUUCAUCUAA